AUGAGGGGAAUCAUACUAGCGCUAGUGUUUACCCUUGUGGGGAGUGAAAAGUAUGACCCUGAGCCUGAUUUUAGUAGCAGCAAGACCUACUUGUACAACUAUGAGGGCCUGACCCUAAAUGGACUGCCAGAGCCUGGUUUGGCAAGAGCUGGGCUGAGACUGUCCUGUAAACUAGAGAUCAGUGGAUUGUCACAGAGGGCUCACCUUCUCAAGAUCCGAUCUCCACAGCUGGAGGAAUACAAUGGGAUCUGGCCCAGAGAUCCAUUCAUUCGAGCUUCCAAACUCACCCAGCUGAUCACUUCGUGUCUCACCCAACCCUUUAAGUUUGAAUACAGCAAUGGGCGGGUUGGAAACAUUUAUGCACCAGAAGAUACCCCCGUCACGUGCGUUAACCUUGUGAGAGGAAUUCUGAACCUGCUGCAGAUAACUAUCAAAAAGUCACAGAAUGCAUAUGACUUGCAAGAGGCUGGAAUUGGAGGCGUCUGCCUUACAAGGUAUGUUAUCCAAGAGGACAGGAGGAGUAACCGAGUCUCCAUUACCAAAACCAAAGACCUCAACAACUGCCAGGAUAAAGUGGUGAAGGAUAUUGGAACGACUUUUAUCCGCCCUUGUCCUUCUUGCCCAUUGAAAGAAAAGAUUGUAAAAGGAACUGCUGCAUUCACCUACAAAUUGAAAUAUGCAGAUUCUGGCACCCUGAUCACAGAAGUGGUGUCCCAGCAGGUCUAUCAGAUCUCCCCUUUCAAUGAACCUGCUGGUGUUGCUGUCAUGGAGGCAAGACAAGAACUUACCUUGGUUGAAGUGAAAAGUGAACAUGUGAGCCCUCCAGAAAUGCAGCUGCAGAAUCGUGGAGGUCUGCCUUAUCAUUUCCCACCACUACUGUUCCAGAUGCCAAUUCAGCUAGUCAAGACGAAAAACCCUGAGCAAAGGAUAGUGGAAACACUGCAACAAGUAAUCCAGGACAACCAGCAAGAGCUCCAUGGGGAUGCUCCAUACAAAUACUUAGAGCUUAUCCAACUGUGUCGGGUAGCAAGCCCUGAUACCUUGGAGUCUGUCUUUAAGCAAUUUUCAGAUAAACCUCAUCACAGGGUUUGGCUGCUGAGUGGAAUUGCUAUGGCAGGCACCAUUGAUUCACUGAAGUUCCUUAAGCUGAGAAUUCGCAAGGAUGACUUUAAGUACAUUGAAGCACUUCUGGCUGUUUCUUUUGCCCUCCAUUUAACAAAAGCGGAUGGCCAUACUAUUGCAGUAGCAGCAGAUCUAGUGACCAGCUCCCAACUUGAGAGAAUUCCCAUGCUUCGCCAGAUUGCUUAUUUGGGAUAUGGAUCCAUGGUAAACAGACACUGUUCUCUGGCUUCAUCUUGCCCUAGUGAAGCUCUUCAGCCCCUCCAUGACUUUGCAGCCGAGGCAGCCAGCAAGGGCAAUGAAGAUGACAUUGCAUUAGCUCUGAAAGCCAUUGGCAAUGCAGGAGAACCAGCCAGUGUCAAGCGCAUCCUGAAGUUCUUGCCAAUAUUUUCAUCUGGUGCUUCUAAUUUCCCAGUCCAUAUUCAGGUCGAAGCUGUGAUGGCCUUGAGGCAUAUAGGCUUGAAGGACUCCAGAAAGGUGCAGGACAUUCUUCUCCAGAUCUUUGUGGAUCAUUCACUUCCUCCUGAAGUCCGAAUGAUGGCUUGUGUUGUCAUAUUUGAAACUGGGCCUGCACUUCCUCUGGUAACAACUAUGGCUAAUGUGAUACUGAAAGAGACCAAUAUGCAAGUUGCCAGUUUUGUAUAUUCCCACAUGAAAGCUUUGUCAAGAAUUGGAUUCCCACGCUUUUAUAAUGUAUCUGCUGCUUGCAACAUUGCCAUUAAACUACUGAGCCCCAAACUUGACCGACUGAGCUUUCGUUACAGUAAAGUUAUUCCUCUUGGUGGUUACUACAGUAGAUAUCAGGCUGGUGCAUUUGGAAAUAUCUUCCUUAUGAACAGUCCAAGAACAAUGUUCCCAUCAGCUUUAAUUUCCAGUUUGAUUGUAAACUAUGCAGGUGCAGCUACUAGUUUGCUAGAGGUUGGUGUCCGUGCAGAAGGUCUUACAGAUAUUAUAAGGAAACAAAGCAUCCCAUUUGCAGAAUAUUCCACAUACAGAAAGAUAAAGGAGAUUGGGAAAACACUUCUGGGAUGGAGGGAGUUGCCUUCAGAAAAUCCUGUGUUAUCAGCUUACCUAAAACUAUUUGGCCAAGAGCUGGCCUUUGCUGACAUCAACAAGGAUAUCAUUCAGCAGGCUAUUAAACUUGUGACUGGACCAGCAGACAGACACGCAUGGCUGAAGAGAGUGAUCCAUCAAAUCCAAAGUGGCAUUGCAGAACGAUGGAUUCUGCCAUUAUAUUCAGGAGAAUUUCGGCACAUCGUCCCUACCACUGUUGGUCUGCCAUUGGAAUACAGUUUAUAUACUACUGCUCUGGCACAUGCAACAACCCGUGUUGAAGUAAAGCUGUCCCCUCCUUUAUCUGGUGAUUUUAGACCUUCACAGUGGUAUGAAUCCAGCUUGCAACUUCAUGCUGACAUCAGCCCAAGUAUCUACUCUUACACAGUGGCAAUGAUGGGAAUCAACACAGAAUACUUUCAGUCUUCUAUUGAAAUUCACGCCAAACUCCGUGUACAAGCUCCAUUGAAAUUUGAUGCCAAGAUAGACAUGAAGGAAAAAAGUUUUAAGUUUGUAACAACCCCAUGCCAACAGGAGACUGAGAUAGCAAUGGGAAGGCAUAAGGCUUUUGCUGUAUCAAGAAAUAUAGGAGAACCAGGCACAGUGAAGAAGAUUCCAGUACUCCCAGAAGGUGCUGGAUCAAGUAUUCUGAAGGAGCAUUUCAAAUCGUCUGAAAAAACUUCAAGAGAAGGUGCCGUGACGCAAAGAGAGACUUCUGACAUCAUACCUAAGAAAUAUUCCUACGGUCCUGAACAGGAACUUCACCACAGUACAAGAGGAAAAACAUAUACGCAAGCCAUUUGUGUCAAAGUGACUCGUUUUGGUUGUCAGGCCUGCUUUUACAGGAGAGCACGAGACGCUUCUGUUUUAAAAAAUACAUAUUUUCACCGAUUAAUUGGAGAACAUGAAGCUAAAAUCGUUUUGAAACCAGCCCGUACAGAUGCAGCGAUAGACAAAAUACAGCUGGAGAUUCAGGCAGGAUCUAGAGCAGCUUCCAAAAUAAUCCAGGUGGUAACCCUAGAGUCCGAGGAAGAAGAAGAUUCAUCUCCAGAUGACGGGGUUCAAACGAAACUGAAGAAGAUCCUAGGAAUUGAAAAUGUGUUUAAGGUUGGCAAUAGAACCCAGCGGCGCAAGACGCAGUCUCUCAAGAAAGGAAAGACCCAGGUGACGGAGCUGAGGGCAGAGCCCAGUGCUAAAUAUCCAUCUAGCUCAUCGUCCUCCUCCUCCUCCUCCUCCUCGUCUUCCUCCCCGUCUGGUCAGAAGGUCAAAGGUCAAGAUCCGAAAGACAAAACGUUGCAACCGAGAAGCAGAGACGAGAGCAGCAGCAGCAGCAGCAAAACCAGCAGCAGCAGCAAAACCAGCAGCAGCAGCAGCAGCAGCAGCAGCAAAACCAGCAGCAGCAGCAGCAAAACCAGCAGCAGCAGCAGCAGCGGCGACAGCAGCGACAGCAGCAGCAGCAGCGACAGCGGCAGCAGCGACAGCGGCAGCAGCAGCAGCGACAGCGGCAGCAGCGACAGCAGCAGCAGCAGCAGCAGCAGCGGUGAAGCACGUCGGCCUGGGAGCAGGCAUCAGCUCGUCAUAGAGAGGAACAGCAGCAGCAGCGGUGGGGGCGGCAGCGAGUAUUCCCAAGCGCAGGGAACUCCAGAGAUCUAUCAGUAUCGUUUCAAGUCAGCACAUACACAGGAGUAUCCCAAAAAGAAAGUCCCAGGCAGCAGCAGCGUCACCAGCAGCAGCAGCUCCUCCUCCUCCUCCUCCUCCUCAAGCUCUAGUUCUAGUUCCAGUAGCAGCGAAGACACCGACAGAGCAGGUUCCCGGCCUAAAUUUUUAGGAGACAGUAAAGCACCAGAACUGGCUGUUAUUCUUCGUGCUUUUCGAAAUGAUAAAAAGCUGGCAGGCUUCCAGCUCGUGCUAUACGCAGAUUUAUACUCCACCAGACCCAGGAUACAAGUGUUUGUGUCAAACAUCACAGGAUCAAGCACAUGGAAAGUCUGCGCUGAUGCUUCAAUCAUUAAUGCUCACAAGGCAGCGAGUUAUCUGAAAUGGGGCCGGGAUUGCCGGGACUACAGGAUUUCUUCAGAGUUUGUAACUGGCUGGUUUGCUGAUCACCCAGCCAUGCAGGUGAAACUGGAGUGGCCUAAAGUUCCUUCAAGAGUCAAAUCAGUUGCCAAAUGGCUUUACACUUUCAUCCCGGGAGCUGCCUAUAUACUAGGCUACUCUGAAAUACAGCACAAAAAUCCUUCUCAACAGGCCAAGUUGAUUGUGGCUCUAACUUCUUCAAGGACUUUUGAUGUUGUUGCCAAACUGCCUGAGCUGACCAUUUAUAACACAGCCCUCAGGAUUCCGCUGUCAUUGCCUGUAGGGCCAUCUCUACCAGCCUCUGCCUCAUCACUGCAGCCCCCGAUCUGGAAUUUCUUUUCUGAAGCACCAUCCGCAGUCCUGGAGCAUCUGAAAGCUCGUUGCUCAGUUUCCCAAGACAAGAUCACAACCUUCAAUGAGGUACAGUUUAACUACUCACUGCCCACAGACUGCUACCACAUCUUGGCCCAGGAUUGUAGCCCAGAACUGAAGUUCCUGGUAAUGAUGAAGAAUGCAGAAGAAUAUGCUGACCUUAAAGCAAUCAAUAUCAAGCUUGGCAGUCAUGAAAUUGACAUGUAUCCUGCAAAUGGACUUCUUAACCUCAUGGUCAAUGGUGCUGAAACCCCAGUGGAGAAUGUCACAUAUACAUCUGACUUUGAUGCUUCUCUGAUGAUCAGCAGUGAGAAGAAAGGUCUGUCACUUGUGGCUCCUGACUAUGGCAUUGAUAAACUAUAUUUUGAUGGACGUACAUUCAAGGUUCAAGUUGCUUUCUGGAUGGCAGGGAAAACGUGUGGCAUUUGUGGAAAAUACGAUGCUGAAAAUAAACAGGAAUUUCAGAUGCCCAAUGGAUAUGUAGCUAAAGAUGCAGUGAGCUUUGCGCAGUCUUGGAUUCUGUCAGAAAAGCCUUGUGCUGGCGCCUGUAAACUGCAGCGCUCACUUGUGAAACUUGAGAAAACAAUUCGACUUCAGGGCGAAGACUCAAAAUGCUAUCCUGUUGAGCCUGUGCUGCGCUGCGUGAAAGGAUGUUCAGCAACUGAGACCACCCCAGUUUCGGUUGGCUUCCAUUGUCUGCCAGCGGAUUCAGCUGCCAGCUUAGUUGAGGGACAGAUGAAGCUUGACCAGAAGUCAGAAGAUAUACAGGACACAAUUGAGGCCCAUACAGCAUGUUCAUGUGAGGAACUACAGUGCAUUGCAUGAGGCUACAGUUCAGCAGAUUAGAAACUUGGAGCAUUGUUUUUAUACUGUGGUGCCAAAAAAUUCCUCUUGGGCAAUCACAGAUAUGUUAAUUUAAGUGUUUAAAGUCCUACUGAAUCUUCUUGGAGAAAACUGAUCUUUUAAGGAAAUGUUACACUUUGUCGCUGUAGAAACAAUACUGACUCUUCAUACAUAUGUGAU